AUGCCACAUCGGUUGAAGAUACGAGUGAAGACCAAAGGCGUUUCGCUGACACUCGACCGAGCCAAAUUGGACGUCUCAUCAGUGUUCUACUCUUACACAUCAGAAAAAAAGGAAAGUCGAUUUUCUUUGUCGUCACUGAAACUCACGGACUUGGACAACUUGUCCGAGUGCGCAACUUCGGGGAACAACGAAAGGUGUGUUGACGUCGUCUAUCACCACACCGAGAACUCACAAUGCGAAGUCGUCUUCUAUUCUUUGACACUCCAGUUGGUCCCCCAAUUUCUGAAACGCGUGAUCAAGUCGGUCCGCCCGGUUACUGAAAGAUACUCAAAAGCUGACGGAGAGAAUUUUGAUAAUAUUACUCAGAAAAAUGAAGUACAAGAUGCGAAGAUAAAUCAGUCUCAAAACACCACUAAAAUUGUGACACGAAAGAACUUCCAUUUCACGUUUGAUACCACUCAGAUCAUCUUUAAGAACUAUUGCGGUAAUAAAUUGGUCCUCAGCACCAGUUUUGAAGGAAACGUUUACAUUCAAAAUGGUCUCCCGGACUCUGCGGGGGUUUUAGUAAAAACGACGAAACUUUCCAGUUCGAUGCAAGGGCGGGACAACAGUUCCGAUAUAGCAUUAGUCGACCUCUUGAGUAUCUCCGUCAAAUUUCAAGAGCCGCCGGUCGCCAAUUUUGCGCUUUCUGAUUUCCAAAGCCGCGUCUCAAAUCGGGACUUAGAGAACACCACCAAAUUACUGAACGAGUUGAACGACGCACUGAAACAAAUUGCGUCGUCUCAGAACACUGCGGAAGUCAAAGUCGAACAGCACAAGGCGACGCGGGGACUCAAAUUUGCACAGAAAAAUGUGAGAGAAAAAGCAGCAAAAAGAAAACCAUUUUUGUUUAAGAACAUGCGAGUUGCGCUGUCGAUGAGGAGCAUCAAAUUGGACUUCUUUUCAGAGGUCGUUUCUACGGAAGGAAAGACGGUGGAGAAACUGCCUGGACUUAUCUUCACAUGCGACGCGAUUUCGGGGGAGGUCGAAGAGAGAAAAGUGUCGGUGAAGGUCAGCAAAGGAAGUUUGGAGUACGUCAAUCGCAGUUUGAAGAAGAACGAUUGGGUCAAGGAACCAUUUAUAGAACCAUUUGAUGUAGUUGUUGACGGGGAGCUGCCAAACUGUCACAUAGAAAUUAGUCCACAAGAGAUGCUGGUGAUUAAUAUAACGCCAGAAUUUAUUUUGGUCUUGAACGAAAUAGCGAAGAACUGGUCGAAAGACGUCACAUCUGAAUUUUACAAUAACAAAGGGAAGUGUGUGAUUCAGAACUCCACUGGAAGUGUUUUAAAGUUGUUUUUAGACAACAGAAGUGUUGAAGUUGUGAGUGGCGAGACGAAAGAAGUUCAAUUGAUUUUGGAGAGGAACUUUUCAGUGCAACUUGACGAAUUUGACACGAUCAGAAUUGACGACUUCAACGACACAAGGAAAAGUAAGAAGGCGUUUGCCGUGACCAAAAGUGGGUCAGUUGCCGGGGCGAUACUUGUGAAAACAAAAUUGUCCCAGAAAUAUCAAAGUGUCCAAUUUCUGUCGCCCGUCAUUUUUAUAAAUACGACGUCCGUUCCGCUUGACGUGGUGUGGAGAAACAAUACCAUCAAAAUGGUACCAAACAUUCAAAUGGGGAUGUCGAUUUCAAUGGGGUUAAAUCCCUUCAAUUUCAUCGUCCAACACAGAACUUCGGUUACUAAGAAAGCUGCAUUUUCACAAGAUAAGUCACUUUUUACACGGACAUUUCGAGAAAGAAGCGUGAGUAUUUCUCCUAUAGAAAUUGAGAGUUUCAUGAACUUACGCUUCAAAUCGAAGAGCUCAGUAAAGUUCUUUGAGUGUUUUGUGACGCCAAUGGUCGUCGAAUUUAACGCGCCGUUCACGUUUGUUAACACGACGCCACUCGAAUUGAAAAUCACUGCGUUCAGAAUGGCGGAGGACAACACCCAACACCACGUCCAGUCGAGAGACCGAGCACUUUCUGGAGGAAAUCUCAAUAUAAAAAUGUCGCACAAAAGUGCACAUCAGAGCAAAAGACUGUCCGCAAAAAUCCAGACGACUACACAUACAACUACUCCACAAGAAGUCGCUCGUCACUCUGAAAGUGCCAGAAAUUUAAAUCGAACGGCAAUGUCCUCGAAAUGUGAUGUCCAAAAUAUGGGUCAAAAAUUGGGGGAGAUCUCCACACCACGACGGGCAAGUUUUCUGAAAACACCAUCAAAACGAUUACCCCCACCGCCGGUGAAUAUUUCAAAGACACAAGUCACCCGGAACCGCGCGUCGUCGUUCACAAAGACAGUGACUAAAAGUCCAUCGCCGCACUUCUUACCGCAGUUCCUUGCGGACUCUUUUCUGUUUGACGAAUUUGACAGAAACGUGAAAAACGGGAAGUUCCAAAACACUGAAAGUGUUGCUGUGAGUAAAUAUUCGAAGGGGAAGAUUUGUGUAGCGCCGUCGAAUGAGAAGAUUUUUUAUUUCGUUGAAAUUGAAAAGUGCGACGACAACUUCGUAUUUCCAACUAACGAGAAGAGAAGCGCAGUUCUGAAAUACUCCAAGAGCGAAAAUGCAAAGAAUGAAAUAAAGACCAUCUCGUUCGGGUCACACCAUUUGACACAGCGUGUCGGGGAAAGUGGGGAAAUAUUCAUUGAGUGUCCGUUCUAUGUCAAAAACCUCACCAAAACGCCAAAAGUUGUGAGAGGAAUUGGGCGCAUCGAUGUCACCGACAAGUUCUUCCUGUACGCCCCAGACCCACAAAGUCCUCUUGCGACGAAAAUUGAGUUUUUAGAAAGAAAAGUUGGACCGGGUAAAUCAAAGUCGAGUAUUGAGCCUACGAACAUCCAACUUGGGGAGACGAAAGUUGUGCGAAUAGAGGACGAGGUGCUUUCUAUAACAACAACUCCUUUUAUUGAAAGUCAGUACGCGACACAGUCCAUCUGCGUGUCUAUCAAAAAUCGCUAUAUACUCAAAAACAUGACGGAAGAGAUGUUUGUUGUGGACUUCAAAGAACGAUUUCAACCUCACGAUGAAAUGUUUGUCCAGCGCGGGUCUGUGAAUAUCGCACUUUUCAUUGCGAGUGAAAAGGAUUGCCAAAACAACACUCAAAAUUCCACAAAAGUGCUUUUAGACAAAGCCGAUGCCUACCAAGUCUUCUUCAAGACGAAGUCGUCUGGUAAAAUCUUUUCGCUGCAGACCAGUGAAGAGCGUGGAAUGUUCAUCACGAGUAUUUGUGGGUGUGAUGUCCCGCUGUUACACAUUGAGAAUUUGACGAAUGAAGUUGUCGAGUUAAAGCAGCGUGAGACGAAGACGACGUUCAAAUCGAAUCCUCAAAGUGUUAUUCCAUUUGCGUGGGUGUCACCAUCGUUAAGUCGUGAGAUCAUUUUAGAAGGCGUUUCCAUCAAUCCAUUAAAACUCGAGAACGAUUACUUCUUCUUUUCAACACAACAGAAUUCCACAACACCACUCAAAACUACGAGAAUUCGUGUUCUUCUCGAAGCAGACAAAAACUCGACAUUUCUGGUCAUCGGCGCGGCGGAGAAAGUCAACGAGCAACUUCAUCUUUCUCUCACGUUUGUGCUGUCGAAUUUGAAUAUUUCAAUUUUCAGAGCGAACGCCGUGGAGGAGAUUUCCGUCUCGAUUUUUGGGGUCAAAUGCGCUGUAAUGCAAAUGGAGAAGCACAUUGGGGUGGAGUGCCAGUUCGACUAUUUUCAGGCGGAUUUCAACAACUUUGAAGUGAACGCGGCGCCCGUUUUAAUCUCGCCGCGGCCAUUGGAAUGGAUCCAUAAUAACCGAAUUCCUUUAUUUCACGUUGGUGCGCUGUUAACGACGCAAAAAACAAGUACUUCUGAGAACGUCGUAUUUCUCACGUGUUUGACGGUGACGUUGCAGCCGAUUGAGAUGCUUGUAGAGAUCGACGUCCUCAGAGACUUGCUUGACACGUUUUACAUGUACCCGCCCAUAGAAUUUAUUGUGAAGAAUGAGGAGAAAGAGGUGACUAAAGAGACGUGGAUAUUUGUGGAGAAAGUUGUGAUCAAUUCGAUUGAUGUCAACGUCACACUGAAAAACGGACUGUUUGAAUAUGAUGAGGAGUACGACGCGGUGAAAAUCGUGACAAGCGUAGUGGAGAGCGGAGUCGACCGAAUUCCAAUAUGCAUUGAAAAACACACACUUGAGAAUUUGUACGUCUCGAGCAGCACGUUGUGGACGAGAAUUGGGAAUAAAGUAUUCGGCGAUUUGGACCAACUGAAGUGGACGUUUGUGACGCGUCUUGUAGGCUUCCGGUCGGUGGGGACGAAUUAUACAAUAGAGAAACGAGAGGAUUUCCAUCUGAGUGAUAUUCCGGACUUGGACGAGAAGCAAAAGAGACUUCUUGAGAUUCAAUUUACUCGCGCUGAAGUUUCAAGAAGAAGUUGUUCUCAGUCCAUUCCGACGCAGUUGUAUGAAGCGGAGAAAAACACGUUUGAGUAUGCGAUAUUGGACGGGACCAAGAACUUAGGAACUUCCGUCUAUCGCUCGGUGAAAGGCAUUUACAGCACAUCAGUGGGGCUCAGUGGAAUAGCUGAAAGUACCACAAAAGUGAAUGCGCCAUUUCUAUUCAUGGGAGGGUUGUUCUUGGGAGCGGCGGGAGUUUUUGUUCGGCCAUUUGAUGGGGUUUUUGGGCUGUUUAAAAGCUUCUCCGACGGCAUUUCGGGGAAGAGCUUUGGCCAAAUAGCGACGGAAAGGAUUCGCCCGCCACGGUAUUGUCCGGGGCAAGUCAUUGAAUUGAAUUUGAACGCGGCGGUGGGGUGGAGUGUGUUAAUGGAGUUAGAGGGAGGAGCGUUUAGAACGAUGCAGUACAAGACGUGGAUGAAAAAAGUCGAAGGAAAGAUGUUACGAGGAAUUGUAUUUACAGAGGAGGUGAUGAUCGGGUUUGAAAAGAGGAGCGGAACACAAGCAAAUUUCCUCUGGAAAAUUUUGUAUGACAAAAUCGGGUCGAUGGGAAAUGAUGGGAAGAACAUCGUCGUCUCACUGAAGACUAAUAUCAAGACGGGAAUGUUCUUCCAUAGAAAUGAUCGAUUUGUGUUACAAAACUGGGGCGUCGAGUCACUGCCAGUUAUCAAUAAAAUCAUUCUCGCUAUAAUGAAUAAACAAUGA